GGCCUCUCCUCCGCGCCGGUGAGGGCCGCGCGCUGCGGGGACCAUGUCCCGCCGAGGGCCGCGCGGGUCCGUCGUGCUGGCGGCGCUCGUGGUGCUGCGAGCCGUCGCCGGGCUCUCUGGCGACGGAAGGGCCGUGUGGUCCAAAGCCCCCGGGUCCGGCCCGGUGAACGAGAGCCAGCUGUUUCUCUAUGGCACCUUCCCCAAGGACUUCCUCUGGGGCGCGGGGACUGGGGCCUUCCAAGUGGAAGGGGGCGCGGAGGGCGACGGGCGGGGGCCCUCCAUCUGGGACCGCUUCGCGCGCACACGCCUCGGCAGCGGCGGCGGCGCGGGCGGCGGCAGCGACAGCGACAGCUACGCCUUUCUGGAGAAAGACCUGUCCGCCCUGGACUUCCUCGGCGUUUCUUUCUACCACUUCUCCAUCUCCUGGCCGCGGCUGUUCCCCGACGGCGAGGCGCGCGCCGCCAACGCGCGCGGGGUGCGCUUCUACAACGCGCUGCUGGACGCGCUGGCGCGGCGCGGCGUGCAGCCGGUCGCCACGCUCUUCCACUGGGACCUGCCGCUCGCGCUGCAGCGGCGCUACGGCGGCUGGCGCAACGCCUCGCUCGUGGGCCUCUUCAACGACUACGCCACCUUCUGCUUCCGCGCCUUCGGGGACCGCGUCAAGUACUGGCUCACCAUCCACAACCCGUACCUGGUGGCCUGGCACGGCUACGGCACCGGCGCGCACGCGCCCGGGGAGGCGGCCGGCGCGGCCGCCGUCUACGCCGCGGGACACAACCUCCUCAAGGCUCAUUCAAAAGUUUGGCAUAACUACAACAUAAAUUUCCGUCCACAUCAGAAGGGUUGGUUAUCGAUCACAUUGGGAUCCCAUUGGAUUGAGCCAAACAGAUCAGAAAACAUGAUGGAUAUAGUCAAGUGCCAGCAAUCCAUGGUUUCUGUGCUUGGCUGGUUUGCGCACCCUAUCCAUGGGGAGGGCGACUAUCCAGAGGAAAUGAAGAAGAAAUUGCUCUCCAUCUUACCCCUUUUCUCUGAAGCAGAGAAGAGUGAGAUGAGAGGCACAGCUGACUUCUUUGCCUUCUCCUUUGGACCUAACAAUUUCAAGCCCCUAAACACCAUGGCUAAAAUGGGGCAAAAUGUGUCACUUAAUUUAAGAGAAGUGCUGAACUGGAUUAAACUGGAAUACGACAACCCUCGCAUCUUGAUUGCUGAGAAUGGCUGGUUCACGGACAGCCAUGUGAAAACGGAAGACACCACAGCCAUCUACAUGAUGAAGAAUUUCCUCAACCAGGUACUUCAAGCAAUAAGGUUGGAUGAAAUCCAAGUGUUUGGUUAUACUGCCUGGUCGCUCCUGGAUGGCUUUGAAUGGCAAGAUGCUUACACUACCCGCCGAGGAUUGUUUUACGUGGAUUUUAAUAGCAAACAGAAAGAAAGGAUACCCAAGUCUUCGGCACAUUACUAUAAACAGAUCAUAAGAGAAAAUGGCUUUACUUUAAAAGAGUCCACACCAGAUGUGCAGGGUCAGUUUCCCUGUGACUUCUCCUGGGGUGUCACUGAAUCUGUUCUUAAGCCCGAGGCUGUGGCUUCCUCCCCACAGUUCAGUGACCCUCACCUGUAUGUGUGGAAUGCCACCGGCAACAGACUGCUGCACCGAGUGGAAGGGGUGAGGCUAAAAACACGACCGGCUCAAUGCACAGAUUUUGUCAGCAUCAAAAAACAACUUGAGAUGCUGGCAAGAAUGAAAGUCACCCACUACCGGUUUGCUCUGGACUGGGCCUCAGUCCUCCCCACUGGCGACCUGUCCACUGUGAACCGACAAGCUCUGCGGUACUACCGGUGCGUGGUCAGUGAGGGGCUGAAGCUCAGCAUCUCCCCAAUGGUCACGCUGUACCAUCCGACCCACGCGCACCUGGGCCUCCCCACGCCGCUGCUGCACAGCGGGGGGUGGCUGAACCCGUCCACCGCCCAGGCUUUCGAGGCCUACGCCGGGCUGUGCUUCCGAGAGCUGGGCGACCUGGUGAAGCUCUGGAUCACCAUCAACGAGCCCAACCGGCUGAGCGACGCGUACAGCCGCAGCGGCAACGACACCUACCGGGCGGCGCACCACCUGCUGCUGGCGCACGCGCGCGCCUGGCGCCUGUACGACCGGCGCUUCCGGCCGGCGCAGCGCGGGGCCGUGUCGCUGGCGCUGCACGCCGACUGGGCGGAGCCCGCCAACCCCUUCGCCGCGUCGCACCGGCGCGCGGCCGAGCGCCUCCUGCAGUUCGAGCUGGCCUGGUUCGCCGAGCCGCUCUUCGGGAGCGGGGACUACCCGCCGGCCGCGCGCGCGCACCUGGCCGCCCGGGCGCGGCGCGGGCUCGCGGGCGCCGCGCCGCCCCGCUUCUCGGAGGCCGAGCGCAGGCUGGUGCGCGGCGCGGCCGACUUCUGCGCCCUGAACCACUUCACCACCAGGUUCGUGCUGCACGAGCAGCCGCGCGGCGGCCGCCCCGACUCGGACAGGGACGUCCGGUUCCUGCAGGACGUCACCCGCCUGCGCUCGCCCUCGCGCCUGGCCGUGGUGCCCUGGGGGGCGCGCAGGCUGCUGCGCUGGGUGCGGCACAACUACGGCGACGUGGACGUGUACAUCACUGCCAACGGCAUCGACGACCCGGCUCUGGAGGACGACCGGCUCCGAAAAUACUACGUGGAGAAGUACAUUCAGGAGGCCCUGAAAGCAUACCUGAUUGAUAAAGUCAAAAUCAAAGGCUAUUAUGCAUUCAAACUGACUGGAAAAUCUAAACCCAGAUAUGGAUUCUUUUCAUCUGAUUUUAAAGCCAAGUCCUCAAUACAGUUUUACAACAAAGUGAUCAGCAACAGUGGAUUCCCUUCUGAGAACAGUAGUCCUAGAUGCACUCAGACUCAAAGAAACAAAGAAUGGACUGUCUGCUUAUUCCUUGUGCAGAAAAAAGCGCUGAUAUUCUUGGGUUGUUGUUUCUUCUCCACCCUGGUUGUUUUAUCAAUUACCAUUUUUCAUAAGCAAAAAAGAAAAUUUUGGAAAGCAAAGAACUUACAACACAUACCAUUAAAGAAAGGCCACAAGAGAGUUCUUAGCUAAAUUGGUCUUAUUUUUUAUCUGUAUCACAGUU